UAAAUAAAUAGAGUAGAGAGGCGGUUGGGGUAUUUGUAUCUCCGGUCCGGAGUCGGAGUGAGAAGGCAGGCGUUGAGAGAUAGAGCAGAAAAAAUGAAUAUGGCUUCCAUUUGUCUUUCAAUUCCCUCCUCCAAAACCCUAGCCAUCCCCUCUCUGUCAUCAUCUUCAUCUCCAUCUCCAUCUUCCUCUUCGUCUUCUUCUUCGUUUCCAGCUGCUGCGACGGCUCACACAUGCCGCCUCGUUCGCUGUAGAUGCUCUUUGCUCACCGUUCCGACGUUCCAUUCUCUGCGCCUCGUUCCAGGUAACCGCGGGAGGGCGAAGAAGCUGCAGGUGGUCCGUAUGGCCCCCGACGAAGAGAAACUCACUCGCCGCAAUCCUCUCGAUUUCCCCAUCGAGUGGGAUAGGCCAAAACCAGGGCGUAGACCUGAUAUAUUUCCCCAGUUCAGUCCUAUGAAAACACCAUUACCACCUCCGUUGCCAUACGAUCCUCCAGAAGAAGAUGAAGAAAAGGAAGAGAAGAAAGAGGAAGAGGAGGAAGAUCCUGAAAAGGAAGAGCCAGAACAGCCUGAGAAGCAAUAGAGCUCUGUCUGGCAAAGACGUCGGCCUUUAACCUCUUUCAAAAUUUUGUUUUUCUUUUUCUAGUUCAUGUUACCUUAUGCUUUAUGUAGUGCAAAUACAUGAUGGAUAAUAAGGUAAUAGUCAUCUAGUUAGAAUGCUGCUUCAGUGAUGUUAUCGAAGUUUAGUCACACACAAGUGUUGUUGUGAAUUUGUUUCGAUUUCUGUUUUGGUAAAACUUUAAAGUGACAUAAGAGAUUGGAUUCAAUGAAUGAUUGCUUCUGAUA